UUACUAGAGCUGUUUAGGCCGUAAACAGCUCAGGUACCCCACACAUACCUGAGACAGGUGUCCUGAUUCAUAUUUUGCUAUGCAUAAUCUGCACAAGGAUAACUCUCACAUGCUUGCAGACCUUCAGGGAAUCUCCUCCCAGCAGUUUACUGGUCACCAGAGAGCUACUAGCAACUUUCAACCAAAAAUAAGCAUCCAGUCGCUGGAAGAUAUUCCUAAAAGCAUGACACAAGCCAGCUUUAUUCCACAUCCACCAUCAAAACUGGUAAAACCCAAAGUCAGUCAUUUAGAAGAAGGUUUUCCAACAAUAAAAGGAGAUCUACGCGCUCUCAACUUUCUCUCCCAAUACAAAGACACCUAUAGGAAGCAUCUUGUCCAACCAGUAGAGCUAGCUGAAAGGCAUUACUCCUCCGUCUGUAUGGGUAAUCCUGCAAAGGGUUCAGAAACACAGACAUCAUAUUCAUCGGCAUUCCCUCAGAUCUCUGUCAACAGCCCAACAAAGCCGAUAAUUCAGGAUGAGUUGAGACCCAGAUAUGACUACAAAGACAGCUGGGCCACCUCCUUCAGAGAUGAAUUUAAAUCCCACAAAGUUGAGCCUAUUGUCAUAGUAAAACCAGCCCAGUGUGCCAGCUAUCUGCCCUUUGUUGACACUAACAAGGAGCAAAGCGGAGAAAAGAUUCAUGUCACCACCAACAGCAUCUUCUUCUCAAGUCAGAACGGCUCACAGCCUCCAACGAGUUUACCUGAUCCAGGCUUGAUUACGAAAAGUAACGUCUAUUUUGGCCCAGAAAGUGUGUCAACAGAAAGCUACAAACCCCAAAAAACUGAGCAGAGCAUCCAUCAGGAAGUAGAUCAACCCAAAGUAACUACCUAUCCGAAGAGUAACAUUCUGACCGGACCAGAUUUGGGGCCAAAAAUCACCAUCACAAUGGCUGACUACAAGCCUAAGAAGAUCACCCUACAGCAGCAGUGUGAGUCGCAGCAAAAGACCAACUUCAAGUUCCCGCUGGGCGACAUGGAUUUCAGCACAAACCACAAGGAUGACUACAUUGUGAGACCGUUGUUUCCACCGCCUGCUCAGUACGACCAGCGCUACAGCAAUGUGAAGCUGAGAUGA